CAGUGCGAUGGUUACUACGACGCGGCGAUGGGCCGGCACCGAGAGGCGUUCCACUGUCCGAUGUACGAGGGUGCGGAGGGGAAGAGCACCUGGCUCUACUGCUGCGGGACUACCACAUUCAGGUACUGCUGCCCCUUCAAGGAACCCGACAUCAUCCCCUUAGACAUCAACCUCAGUGUUGGAGCGUAUUUCGCCAUCGCGUUCGCCUGCCUGGUGUUGUUUCUCGCCGUCACGGUUCUCUGCUGUUUCUUCUUCCCCUACUGCUGGUUAUACAAGAUGAAACACCCCAACAGGGACAUGCAGAUAGACAUCGGUGUGGAGGGUCCGACCAUCUACCCGUUACGCACGAUGCGGAGCAGCGCCUCGGAGCCCGCCCGGAUCCCGCCCGGGCUCAGCGUGGAGACCGCCAUGGUCAAGGAGGAGCGCCGCAACUCCUACCCCCCACGGGGAACCUUCCCCUUCCCCCCUACCGAGGAGAUACCCUACCCCCCUCCAACUGCUAACUCUCAGCACCGUUCCCAGACAUCACUGUAAAAAUUUUUUAUUACUAGCAAGGCAAGAGAGAGGAAAGAUAGGUUUGCACAGGUUGUUG